AAUUCUUCAAGUACUCUUCGGUAUUUCAGAAAGUUUGGUCGAAUAUAUUUCAGAUAGAUUCUUCUAAAGAUGAUGUAGGUGGGAUGCUUCUCUUCUGUAUGCUUUUCCUAGGUGUUUAAUGCCUCUGGGCAAUAUUGUGAAGGCAAUUUUUGUUUUCUGCCCAUACACAGACUCUAAACUUAUUUUUCCUCCUAAAACUUCAAAGUAUUUCCUAUUGAUAGUCAGCCCAAGGCCAAUUCCGUUUGGGUUAGAAGUUUUCCUGCUUUCAAUAACUCCAAAGAGCUAGAAUAGGCAGCUUUGGUAUUUUUAAUCCCUACUUCAGUGUCUAAAACUCUGAACUCGAUAUAGGUUUCACCAGUAUAGGUCUUACUCAAGACAGCUUUUACUGAAUUUGCUCCCUCAAAUGUGAAUUUGAGGAAGUUAGACAUUAGGUUCAGCAAUAUCUGUCUGACUCUGUUCCGAUCAGUCUUGAUUUCAUAUUGUUUGAGGUUCUCUUCUCAUCACAGCUCCAACUCGACAUUUUGCUUUUACACUGUACAAUGAACAAGAAGUGUAGUUAAAUUUAAAUUGGAUCAGAAACAGGCUAAUUACAUUUGCAAACCCUCAGUUACAUUUCCUCUUAAUUUUAUUCAGAAAAAUAACUUCCUCUUACUGGUUUCCACAAUUAAUAUUUGCAUCUAGUUGGGUCUCUGCAAGUAAAUCUCAUCUAAUAAUUCUUGAAUGUUAAAGUAAUCAAAAGUGGUAGUGAACGUCCCAUUAUCUAUCUUGGAAAGGUUCAAAAUUCCUCAAUUAGAGAUAGAAGCAAGAUGGAUGAAGUCUUUCCACUCCUCAAGAACUGAUGGAAAAUACCAGUAUGCUGCUACUUCUCUUCAGAUUCAAGUUCUUUCUUCGCUAAUUUUGGUUCUAAGACAUUAAUUAUAGUAUUUAAGCUAUCACUGAUUAAUUCAUUAGAAUUGAUCAUUUCAUUCA